ACGCAGGCACCGGGAGAACAUGAAAACUCCACACUGGCGGGGCCGGGAUCGAACCCGGGACAUCGGAACUGUGAGGCCAACGCUUUCCAGCUGACCCACCGUGGCACCCAUUCAUAUAUUUAAUGGAGGAAGUCGGCCUCGCUGCUUCCUCGAUUGUGUAAACCGCCUGUCCCUGUCACGGGUGACACAGGCCGGGACCACCUGAGAUGGGCACCAUGUGCAUCACCCACAUGUACCGCCAAAGUCUUCAUCUCGUGUUCUUCAGGAAUCGAUGGACCUCGAAGGGGUAGAUCUUUUGACUCCAUGAAUAUUGCCUAUGAAGAAAAGUUACUUCACAAUGAGAUAAACAAAUCAACCUUCAAAAAAAUUGAAGAAAACACAGAGAAGAAUACACCAGAGAAAGGCAGAGCAACAGUUAUCUUUUCCCUGAAGAAUGAAGUCGGAGGACUUGUCAAGGCACUCAAACUCUUCCAAGAAAAUCAUGUCAACCUUGUGCACAUCGAGUCAAGGAAAUCGAAACGGCGCAACUCGGAAGUUGAAAUAUUUGUGGACUGCGAUAGCAACCACGAACAACUCAAUGAAAUCAUCCAGUUGCUGCGGAAGCAUGUGAACGUGGUGGACAUGGAGCCUCCAGAUAAUUCCAACAUACAGGAGGAAGAUAUGCAUAAUGUACCGUGGUUCCCAAAGAAAAUAUCUGACUUGGACAAAUGUGCUAAUCGCGUCUUGAUGUAUGGUUCCGAUUUGGAUGCUGACCAUCCGGGUUUCAAGGACAACGUCUACCGCAAAAGAAGAAAGUAUUUUGCAGAUCUGGCUAUGACCUACAAACAUGGUGAGCAGAUUCCUCGUAUAGAAUUUACAGAGGAGGAAGUGAAGACAUGGGGUGUUGUGUACAGAGAGCUCAACAAGCUGUACCCCAGCCACGCUUGUAGGGAAUACUUGAAGAACCUACCAUUGCUGUCCAAAUACUGUGAAUGCCGAGAAGACAACAUCCCCCAACUGGAAGAUGUCUCUCGCUUCCUCAGGGAACGCACUGGGUUUACCAUCAGGCCUGUGGCUGGUUACCUGUCCCCUCGUGACUUCCUGGCCGGUUUGGCUUUCCGUGUUUUCCACUGCACCCAGUAUGUGCGCCACAGCUCUGACCCCUUAUACACCCCGGAGCCAGACACGUGCCAUGAGCUGCUGGGUCACGUCCCCCUGCUGGCAGAGCCCAGUUUUGCACAAUUUUCCCAGGAGAUCGGUCUGGCUUCACUGGGAGCCUCAGAUGACUCAAUUCAGAAACUGGCCACAUGUUAUUUCUUCACAGUGGAGUUUGGGCUAUGCAAACAGGAAGGACAACUGAGAGCCUAUGGGGCUGGAUUGCUUUCAUCCAUCAGUGAGCUUAAGCAUGCACUUUCCGGAAAAUCAAGGAUCAUGCCAUUUGACCCCAAAGUAACAUCCAAACAAGAAUGCAUCAUUACAACCUUUCAGGAUGUAUACUUUGUAUCAGACAGCUUCGAGGAGGCCAAAGUCAAGAUGAGGGAGUUUGCCAAGACCAUCAAGCGUCCCUUCACAGUGCGCUACAACCCGUACACUCAGAGCGUGGAUGUGCUUAAAGACACUCCCAGCAUCAACAGCGUUGUGGAAGAACUUCGACAUGAGCUUGACAUUGUGGGCGAUGCUCUGAACCGCAUCAACAAGCAGCUCGGAAUCUGAAAUUUCAAAGCCCGUCUGUCUCAUACACCCCCAAGCGCUGCUCUCGACAUACUGCUUGUAUAUCACCUUUGUUUGUUCUUACGAUGAAUGUGCACUCGUUUUGGCAAAAAACAAAAACAAACAAAAAAAAAAUACCUUGAUCUCCCUUCUGUGCGAUAUAUGGCUUUCCCAGUGUAGAAAUACACUAUCAAAUAUCAGUGAAUUGCACAAACCCAAAGAGCACUGUUUUUGACUAUCCAGCGACUUGUCUGUACGCUUUUGUACCCCACAAAAAGUCACCCCUAUUGUCUAAUCUGCUAUUGUCAUGAUUGUGUGAUUUUAUUUUUUACUUUUUUGUUUAAUUGUCCAAUUAAUCGUUCUCACAUCAGUGAUUAAAUAUAAAAUAUAACUCUGUUUUGUUAUUGCGUAUGUAUUAUGUUUGUUUUUGUGUAAUAAUGAGGGAAAUUAUACGAUCAUUGUUCUGAAAGUAUUUUGGUUGGUUUAUGCCCAUGCACCUCAACCUACUGGUACUUUAUUUUACAGUAAAAUAUUUCUAUACUGCACCUCCAAUUGAAACGGAUGCUGUUAAAUUAGGGCUACAAAGAUACUGAAAUCGAUAUCAUUUCUACAUAUUAAUAUACACAUUAUAGGGUAUGUAU